AUGGGUUUCCAAUUCAAUCACACUAUAUCAGCUGAUGAUCCCACCAAUCGGGCCUUAAUUAAUAGAGCACAAUACACAUGUUCAAUCCAAUCAUUUAUCCCUUAUUUCGAUGGUUCCCAAUUAGUGAAGCAUGCAUUGCUGCACGCAUAUGAGGAGGUAUCGGAAAGCAAGGAUCCACAAGAAAGACUGCGAGACGGCGUUGCACGCUUUAUUGGAGACUUCUUUUUCACAUGCAGCUUAAUCGAAUUUGCUGAUAUUCUAGCGGAUAAUAUUUAUGGCUCCGUAUAUAUGUAUUAUUUUACAAAGAGGUCUUCAGCAAAUCCAUGGCCAAAAUGGAUGGGAGUAAUGCAUGGUUAUGAAAUUGAAUACGUGUUUGGGCAACCUUUCAGGCACAGCCAUUUGUAUGCACAAUCACAGCUUGAUUCUGAGAAACGUUUCUCGGAAGCAAUCAUGAAAUACUGGGCUACUUUUGCUGCUGAAGGUGUCCCCAGACCGCAGUGGCCAAAGUACAACAAAGUGACACGCAAAGCAUUCGUGCUUAAUGAUGAAAUAACAGGUACUAGCCAUCAGAUCGAUGUUGACGUACAUGGCAAAUCUUGCAGCUUGCUCUCCGAAGCCCAAGCUGUUAUAAGUCAUAAGUGUAAUACAAAAGGAGAUGCAUAUAAGUUGCUUCGUAAUGGCGUUUCUCCUCGGACCAUCGGCAUUUCAUUCGUCCAAUUUUGUAUUUUGAUCAAAAUAAUAAGCCGUUGCCUUGUUUUGUUUUAAUAAAAAAUUCACUAACUAAAGUUUCGAAU